AUGCGUAAAUUCAUUGGAAUCCCAAACCAGUUUCGUGGUCUGACGGAACUUCCAGCCGACCCAGCUGCCCAGAUGGGACAGCAGCUUAUCUUUCCCCGCCUGAUCGACAACCAAGCCAGCAGCCUCUUCCUCUGCUAUCGAAGAGCCGAGUUCCUUUUCCUUCGACUUGUCGCCUGCCUCAAUCGAUUUCGUGAUUGGCUUGCACUCGCUGACCUGAAUUUAGACGAACUUGUCGAUUUACAUUGUCGUGAUGUGGCAGACUUUGAGAAUAACUUUAAGGCGCUGAAGUCGCGUGGAAAGGAAGUUGAACGUCUGCCGUGCGAGUUGCACAUCGAUUGUAUCACAGUCAACUGCCUGCCAGUCAAGACAGCCAUUGAAGGUCUGCUUCAGCAACUCUUUGAAGCCCUGCAGGCCUGUCUCCGGCGGUCAGUACAAGCGGACCUGGUGGCAACAGACGCAUUUUUGACGGGUAAACUGGCUUGA